UUCCCGCCCGCCGCGCAGUCGCCGUCCCUGGGAGCGGGCGGCCAGCACUGGACGGGAGAAAACCGGGGACAGGAGGUGGGGCGGGUCGGGCCCGUCCGCGGCUGCCGCUGGCUGUGGAUGCGAAAGGGAGGAGGCGGGACUGCGGGUUGGUUCUGUCACCCUUCGAGAGCCAAGCUCCUCACCCAGCUCUCCAGCUGCGGCUUCAAAUCUGCAGUUAAAAAAAAAAAAAAAAACAACGAGCAACGCCACAUCCUACAAAUAAGAGGGGAGGGGGAGAGCAGUGUGUCCGUGAUGUCCCCAAAUGGAUCAGAGAUUCGGGACUUAUUAUUAUUAAAUACUUCCUCCACGCCAGAAAAACGAGAGUCCGGGCCUCGGUUCUGGAGGGAAUAGGCUGAAGCCGCGGACGCGGUGCGGGGGUCGCGCUUCCGGUCUCCCGGGCGCCAGAGGGUCGUGGCGGGAAGGGGGAGGGCGCGCGUUCCGAGACCCCCACCCCCACCACGCCCAAGGGUCUUCUUCCGUCGGGACUCGGAGACACCCAUCCUCCAGGCCCGACUCGCCGCGGGGCUGGAGGAGGCUAGGACGCUGCGACCUAGCCUAACGACAGGGAUCUCCCCUGCGACGGCCCCGCAACAAGAUGGCGGACGAGAGAGACAGGGAAAGCACAGAAAUAGCAGUAGCAGAAUUGCACAAAAAAAUCAAAGAAGCUUUUGAAGUGUUUGACCAAGAGUCAAAUAAUACAGUGGAUGUUAGAGAGAUCGGGACAAUUAUCAGGUCAUUAGGAUGCUGCCCUAGUGAAGGAGAGCUACACGAUCUGAUUGCAGAGGUAGAGGAAGAAGAACCCACUGGAUACAUUCGGUAUGAAAAAUUUCUUCCAGUGAUGACUGAAGUUCUACUGGAAAGAAGAUACAGACCAAUUCCAGAAGAUAUCCUUCUUCGAGCUUUUGAGGUAUUAGAUCCAGCUAAACGUGGGUUUCUUUCUAAGGAAGAACUGAUCAAGUAUAUGACUGAAGAAGGUGAGCCCUUUUCUCAGGAGGAAAUGGAAGAGAUGUUGUCUGCUGCAAUUGAUCCAGAAUCGAAUACAAUUCAUUACAAGGACUAUAUAGCAAUGAUGGUGAUAGAUGAAAAUUAAGCACUAAAGACUUCAUUUCUAAUUGAAAGGAUAAUUUUGAAAAUUGCUUGGCCUUGUUAAUUUCACAUUUUAUCUUAUAAUUCCUAUAUAUGCUAAUUAAUGCCUUGUGACAACU